UAUGUAAGAGAAUUGUAAAAAAUGUUAAAAUUGCGAGGCGAAUUCCGACCUACCUGAUCUUCACAAGACAAUAUGGCAGCCAAAUUGGCUGGACCUCCGAUCAGUGUUGAUAAAAUAAAUGACAGUGAUAAUACGCAUAACACAGUGGAUUCCAGGUUAUGUGAUGAGGAAAAAGACAGUGUAGCCCGUGUUCCAAGAGGAGGGAAAACAGCACAAUAUUAUCGUGAAUACCGAGCACGAAAGAAAGCAGAGCGGGAAAAGGAGAAAUUGGAAAUGAUAGCUGGCAGUCAAACGAAGAAGAGGAAAACAGGUACGGAAUAUCAGAGAGCGCGUAAAAAAGAUUCAACGUUUGCUGUUCCAUCAAUCUCUGCGGGAGCAUCUAUAACUACUGAUGAAUCAACGGUCGUCAAUUCACCGAUAACUGCGGGGACUUCAACGCGUGUUGAUGGAUUACAAAAGAGAGAUGAUUACGCUGCAUAUUCUCUUCCGCAACGAAGAGACAGAACUACUUUUCUAGUCAAAGUUCCUUCAUUUAGGCUUUGCUUUAUUCUUCAUUUUAUGUGCAUAAUAAAUUUAUAAAAUGUGAAUUUAAGUUUUCUAGUUUUCUUUCAUACAAAAUGAUAUGCAUUUCUUGGAAUAUCACUAAGAAGUAUAACUUCAUCCACGCGUAGGGACUCCACGCACCUUUUUUUUUGGAAGGUGAUUUUGUGUACCUCCU